UCCAACAUGGCGGAGCACGAAAACACAAACAUGGAAGCCGAGAAGAUACGAGCCAGCAACAGCCAGGGCGGCUCGGUUGGUGAGGAGAGCUGCUCCACGGCGGACUACUGUGAGAAGCUACAGGCCUGGAUGUGGCAGUACUACAGCGGCUACGUCACCUGGCAGAGCUGGCUGGCCGCCUCCGCCUGGUCCUACCCCUGGUACCUACCCCCGAGCCCCGCUGCGGCCGAGUUGAGCUCACAGAACUGGCUCGGUGCUCCGUUCGCUCCGCCACCGACUGUCGCUGCCCCAGCCAGCCGGACAAGUGCGGCUGCGGGCGGGGCUGUCGUUGCACCGGCACAGCCCCAGCAGCAGCAGCCGCAGGACAACGGCCCCGGCCGGAGAGCAGCAGGUCGAGAGUACGGCAUUCCGUCACCCUUCCAGAGGCUGCUGGCUGAAAUGGUCGACUUCUUCAUCCUGUUUUUCAUCAAAGCAACAAUCAUAAUCAGCAUCAUGCACCUGAGUGGAAUCAAGGACGUGUCCAAGUUCGCCAUGCAUUUCAUUGUGGAGGAAAUCGAUGAGGACACGUCGAUGGAGGAGUUGCAAAAAAUGAUGCUGGUUGCUUUGGUCUAUCGGAUAUUGGUGUGUUUUUAUGAGAUCGUGUGUGUUUGGGGAGCGGGUGGAGCCACUCCAGGAAAGUUCCUCAUUGGACUCAGAGUUGUCACAUGUGACUCGUCAGUUCUGGUCCAGCCCAACAGGGUUCUGGUGGUGCCUGCAUCUAACGUGUCCCUGUCAGCGUCGACGGUCCGUGCUCUCAACAAGAACUUCUCCAUCGCCUUCUUCUUCCCGGCCUUCAUCACGCUUCUGUUCUUUCAGCACAACAGGACUGUGUACGACAUGGUGGCGGGCACCAUCGUGGUCAAGCGCUCCCGCCUCAGAUGACACUCCUCCCCUCAAACGUGGAGCUUGUUGACUGGGAAGACCUUACAGUAUGAUGGGGUCCAAAGCUCCCAUGUGUCAAGAGCGUCAGCGAGAUCGAGGGGAUGAUCACAACAGCUCGGACUCAGGACUGUGCUUUUCUUCAUUGCCAGUAUAGUGUUAAUAGCAAUACUCUUUAUUUAAGACUGUGUCCUGGUCCCCUGAUGUUUGGACUCAUAGACUGGGCCCGAGCGCUUGCACUGCUCGCUCCAAGCCACUCCACCGAUGUGUUCUUUCUCUACUCGGCAGCAUGUGACUCAGAUGUUUAUUGUAUUACAAGAUUUUGCAAUUCACAUUAAACAGAACAACCACGGUCGUCCAGACCUUCGUGCAUGUGGUCUGCUACACCCACGCUGCUGCUCACGCUGCUGUCUUGAGGCGUGACUGGGAAGGACACAGGUAGAAACCAGUAUAUCAGAGGGACAGCUGAUGGUUCGGACAUGGAGCGAGAAGGUUUGAGGUCCAUGGAUGCGAUGAAGGAGGGCAAGAAGAGGAGAGGUGUGACCAGUGGAGGAUGAUGGAGGUAGGUGGAGCAGGCUGCUGAAUGAAGUGUAACUGCACAUCAGUGUUUGGCCCCAUCUAGUGUUGGGUGUUGGUCAUUAACUGUUUCAGUCGAGAGGUGUUCGGAAAGCGAAGUGGCGAGUCUGUCUGCCUGUACUCC